AUGCAGCAAAUGAUUCUGGCGAGCGUUGUGGCUUUUCUCGCAAGCAUCGCCGCUUCCGAUAGCGGAUGGGGUACCAUGACGGCCGCACAAAUCGAUCAAUUCAAACAGUCACUUGGAGAAACAGAUGUUAACAAAUUUGACGCUGCACUUGCGCGGGCUCGUGCUGCGGCUGCCGCUGAAGAAAUCCCUGAGAGCCGACCUGGUGUUGAUGAGCCAAUCAUUGUUCCAAAGACAAAAUCCAAUCUUGCAGAAGACACAAUUUCUCAAAUCAACACAAAGACCGGAGUGGCCCCACAUCUCUACCACGGAGAUAUGAUUCUGACAAAUAAGCAAAUCGAUGUUGUUAUGCCUGCCAGUGGAGCUGCCAGUCGCAAAAAGCGCCAGGCUCAGUGGCCGGCCGAGCUUUGGGCUGGCCGAACUGUCUACUACACGUUUGCCACUGGUGCCGCUGCUCUGAGUGCCAGAGCCAAACAGGUCGCUUUGUUGGGCAUUGAUCAAUGGAGAAAAGCGACGUGCAUCAGCUUUGUUCAGUCAGCCACCGCAAAAAACCGCAUUCGUUUCUUCAAAGGCGACGGCUGUUACUCGAACGUGGGAAUGACUGGCGGAGUGCAGGAUCUCUCGCUCGGCGAUGGAUGUGAAACGAUUGGCCACGCUGCGCACGAGCUCGGCCAUGCGCUCGGCUUCUGGCACACACAAUCACGAUGGGACCGAGACACGUUCCUCAAUGUGAUUCUAGCAAGAAUCCCCGCCCAAUGGAGAGACCAAUUCUCAAAGGAAACCUCUGCGACCAAUCACAAUUACGGAGUGACUUACGAUUAUGGAAGCAUCAUGCACUAUGAUGGAAGAGAGCUCUCUUCAACCAAUCAAUACUAUGCACUCACUAAGCUUGCACCAACAUACCAAGACAACAUUGGCUCCUAUAUUCUCUCUUUCAACGAAAUCGUGAUGAUGAACGCUCACUAUGGAUGCCCAACAAAAUGCACGAGCGGGGCUACUUGUUUGAAUGGUGGGAUCAGAAAUCCACGAGCUUGCAACCAGUGUCUCUGCCCUUCCGGCUGGGCUGGAACCCAGUGUGCGGCUAGGCCAGCCGGUUGUGGAGCCGCGUUGACGGCCACGGCGGCCGCUCAGACGACAACGAUUGCCGCUGGAAGUGCCAGCAUGGGCCAAACGAAUGCUUUCGCUAUGUGCAACUAUUUGAUUAGAGCGCCGGCUGGGAAAAAAGUGCAGAUAGUCUUGACGACGCUGACCAACAACGAGUGUGUGGAUGGGUGUUACCAUGGCGGAAUCGAGAUCAAGGCCAUGUCCGAUCACAGAUACACCGGAAUUCGAAAGUGUUGUGCCGAGGACAAGGGCACAGCGAUUGUCUCUCAGGGAAACGUCGUGCCGAUCAUUGCAUUUAGUCGACUCAAUCGACCGACUACGACGAUCACGUACAAAUGGGUUGAAGCAACCGUCGUUUCGACUGUAACCACAGCCAAGAUCGCCGGCACAAAGAUUACAUAC